AUGGUUUGUUCAAAACUGGUGAUAGUUGAUAAUCAGGAUAAAACUCAUAAACCGGAUUCAACAGUAAUUCCUCAAGCAAAUCUUCGAGUAAAUCAACCAGUUAGAGCAGGGAGAAUGGGUGAUCAAGAGCAAUCGGUCAACCCCAACAACCGUCUUUACAGUGACCGAAGAAGAAAUGUACCAACUAAUAGGGGUACUCCAAUUCGCCUUCCAACCACCAUGGUUAACUUUUCUCUCAAGGGAAGUCAUUUGAAAAGUGUGGAGGAAGAGAAGUUUGACGGGGUGACUAACAAUGAUCCGUAUGGCCAUCUAGAAAGGUUUGAGAAAAUUUGUAGGUUUUACCACUAUGGCGCAAAUCAGGAUGAUAAUGUGAAGCUUGAGCUUUUUCCACUCACUUUAUGUGGAGAAGCUAAGGGGCUCAAGGAACAGCUAGACGAUUUGUAUACCACUUGGGAUGAGCUUUGUGUUGGUUUUAUUGAUGAGAACUGUCCAGGAAACAAUCUGAACACGGAAGCAGCGGUUGAAAUCUUUUAUGACGGUUUGCUUAAAGGAACUCGAAGGGAACUUGCCGGGGCAUUCGGGGGUAGUUUGAACAAUGUGACACCUAGUGAGGGGUACAAGAUCCUCGAUGACAUGGCUAAAGAGUUUUCUGGUCGUGAAGAACUUUUGAGUAGGAAAACUGCAAGCAAGAGGGUUGCAAAAUUGGAAAGUGGUGAGGAGUCUAGUGUAGUUGCUGAAGUCAAAGCGCUUUCGAAGCAAAUGAACGAGAGGUUUGACAGUCAAGAUAAUAGGUUCAAAAGCAUUGAAAGAGAUGUAAAGGUUUUAGCUGACGGAUGCGAUCAUUAUGGAGAAUUGCACUACAUGGAAGAUUGUCCAGAUAAGUCGGCCCAAGAAGUUAGCUAUGUUCAGAAUCAGCAGGGGAAUUUCAACCAGAACACCGGUUAUCAAAACCGGCAAUCAGGUACUUCUUAUCCCUCAUCUUCAUUUAAUAAUGCUAACAAUUCUGGUUUUAGUGGAAACAGAUUUAGCAGUACAAAGAGCACACAGGCAACCUUCCAAGAUAUUAAAGCUAAGCUUGAAAGGCUAAGAAAUCCUAAUAGGCAGCUCGGUACUUUACCGAGCAGCACCCAACCUAAUCCUAAGCCUCAGCAGAGUAACCAGGGGUCCAGAUCAAAGUAUACUCCUCCUAAUGCUCAGAAUGAGCAAGUCAAUGCAAUCACAAGAGAACGUAAUACUUAUGACUCUGCAAAUCCCCUACCUAAUGUUGUUACUCCUCUUGUGCAGGUUGAAGCUGAAGAAGCUGUUAAUAAUGAGAUAGAGAUGGAGCCGAACCCAACCAUGAAGACACCGGUCGUUCCAUCUACCACUGUUGAGAAACCCACUGUUGAGAUACCUUCGGUGAAACCUUACCAACCAAAGGUGCCAUUUCCUCAACGGUUGAAGAAGGCGGAGAUCAAGGAAAACUUUAAGAAAUUUAUUGAUUUGAUUCAAACUGUUAAUAUUACUGUUAACCUAGUUGAUCUUCUUGCAGGUAUGCCUAAUUAUGCGAAGUUUCUCAAAGAUCUCAUAGCGGAUAGAAAGAAGUUGGAAGAAGGGAAGAUGGCAGUCAUGAGUGCCGAAUGUUCCGCCAUAAUCAAGAAUGAGAUUCCCCCUAAGUUGGAAGAUCCAGGGAGUUUUCUUAUUUCUUGUUCUUUUGGAGUUAGAUUGUAUAAGGCAUCGGCCGAUCUUGGUGCCAGCAUUAAUUUAAUGCCUUAUUCGGUCUAUAAGAAAUUGUCUUUAGGUGAAUUGACGGGACCCGCAUGA